AGUGGACACCUGAUGUGUUCAACACCUUACCUUUAGCUUUGUCGGCGUCAUAAUGAAAACCCUCACGAGAUUUGGUUGUUGUUUCUUGGUGUGGUGACAUCUCACUGCUGGUGUUUGUUGCCAACCUACUGUGAAUCCCAUGGUGAUUUCUCCAAGAGAACCAAUAAACGGUGAAAAUGCUACACUGAAAUGUACAGCAGGUGAUUUUGAUCCAGAUCUUCACAGCUGGGUCUGGCAAAAAGGCGUAAAUGAAAGCUAUUUUGAUGUCACUGCCAGUGACAGGAUUCUGUUCAGCCCUGUGGAACGUGCGUUUUUAACUUUUUAUUCCCAAACUCUUACAAUCGUCGGUCUGAAGGAGUCAGAUGAAGCAACAUAUCUUUGCAUUGUUGUUGAAAGUAGCACUGGAACGUUUAUCAAUAACGGAGCUGGUGCUCUGUUUGUGAAUUAUCCUAGCGAAUUUCCAGUUUGCUCUCCGGAAGGCCCGGCGGAAGUGAUGGUUGGCGACAGUCUCUAUUGUCGAACAGUAUCUGAUGAAAGGAGUCCUGAUGCAAGAACUUCUGACUAUGUUAGCAGUCUAAAAUCAGACUGGAUUUUGAUUUCACUUAAUGACACUGAAACGGGAUCACAGUUGGAAAAGAAAGUGACAUCGAUAGAUGAUGAACUCACGUUUUUCUGCUUCUCAAUAUCAGAAAAAACGAACAAGACACUUUCAUGUAAGAUCGGGCCGUUAACAGUUACUUUUGAGGCUUCUUCCAUAACUAGCCCACUCCUUAUUGCUGGCAUUGUGAUAAGUGUUCUGGUCACAGUCUUCAGCUUCUGCGUUAUUUUACUCUGCUUUCGCUACAGCCCACAAUGUCUCUGCCAGAUACGCAUGUUUUUCAGCCGAUCUGAUACGCCUUUUCCUCAAAGUGAUUCAAAUAAUCUAUCUGAGCUCCAAACAGGUAAUCACCUGUAUGAAACGUCGAUAACUGGACCUCCUGCAGACGGUUUUCAUGGAGGAUCAGGUAACAAUGUUCUGGCUGCUGAGAAUCGGUCGUUGAACACUUCUGAAGUUGACCAAAAUCUCACCUCCGUAUCAGAGUGCGGCAUGAGCCAUGAGGGCGCGUUUUUCAAACUUAACAAGAAAGACAAUUCGAAUUCGAUGACUAAAUCAGCUAAUACUGACAGCUACAUGGAGUUGAACCCGUCGAAACUUAACACGGAUAUGUACACAGAACUCAAACUCUAACUCUGAGGUCUUUGGUUUCUUCAAAUCUUCUUUGUGCUGUCACGAAAGUUGAGGAAAAAGUGUUUCAAAUUGUUUUCAUGGAUUUGAAAUCUUGAAAUAGGAUGACAAUUUGAAGGAAAAUAAUGAAGAUGGAAAGCUUGCGGAAAAUAAUGCUUACCUUGGUACAGGAGGAAACGAAACAGAUGCAAAGUAUACCUUUUCAAAAUCGAAAUAGAGAAAGGGUAAUAUGGUGUAGCUGUAAGAAUACUCUUACUGGUGUGGUUUUAAUUUGUUUAAUGCUUCCUCAGACUGAAUGAUAAUUUCCUAUUAAUUUCCUAUUAUUUUAACAUCGAGAAUCUGUUAUUAUGUGAUACUGAGUAUGAGUUUAAAAUUUAUACUCCAAAGUGCUAUGAUAUUUGUUUUAUCGAUACUCUGUAGCAGUGAUUACAAUUAAAUGAAUUAUGUCAUGAUAAGAAUUAAACGUAUAAUGCCAUGUUCUUAGAGAGACCUCAUUCCUAAUGAAAGUGAUGAAGAGAAACACUUGAUAA